AUGCUGACAUUGCUUCUACUUUCUGCAUUUGUCCUUGGUGGACAUUGCAGUGAAAAUAUUCGCUACAUUGAAGACAUUGAAGACAAUGCACGUGUAGUAGGAGGAUCAAAUGCAGCUAGGAAUGCCUGGCCAUGGCAGGUAUCCCUCCAGUAUCGCUCAGGUACCAGCUGGUACCACACUUGUGGAGGCUCUCUGAUCCGUAUUAACCGUGUGAUGACGGCUGCUCACUGUGUGGACAGUACCAACACCUACCGGGUGGUCUUGGGAGAGCACAACCUGAGCCAGAACGAUGGCACUGAACAAGUUAUCUCAGUGUCAGGAAUUCGUAUCCACGCAGGCUGGAAUAGCAACAAUGUGGCUGCUGGUUCUGAUAUUGCCAUCCUUCAUCUGGCAUCCAGUGCAACUAUAAACAGUUACGUUAAACUAGCCACACUGCCAGCCGAUGGUGCCAUUCUUGCCAAUAACUACAACUGCAUCAUUUCAGGAUGGGGAAGAACCAGCACUGGUGGCUCUCUGCCAUCCAUCCUCCAGCAGGCCCCUCUGCCCGUCGUUGCCCACUCCACCUGCUCCACCAGCUCCUACUGGGGCAGCACUGUGAAGACCACCAUGGUGUGUGCUGGUGGUAACGGAGUCCAGGCCGGAUGCAAUGGAGAUUCUGGAGGACCUCUAAACUGUGCUGUCAAUGGUGUCCCGCAAGUCCAUGGUGUGACAAGCUUUGUGUCUUCCCGUGGAUGCAAUGCUUACCUGAAACCCACAGUGUUCACCAGAGUGUCUGCUUACAUCCCCUGGAUCAACAGCGUAAGUUUCAAUUCAUGGUUAUAA